AUGGCGGAAAGCCAUGGCAUCUGUGGACUUGUAGCAAAGUGGUUCAUGAAAUUCUUCCAACCACUACCCAUCCUCCCCCACGACAUCAUCUAUGAUAUUCUCUUGCUACAACCCAUCAAUUCUGUAGGUCGAUUCAGAUGUGUUUGCAGAGAAUGGAACAAUUUACUAACACGUUCCGACUUCAUCAAGAAGCACGUGUUGAAGGCCAGUGGUAAACAUCGACUCAUCGUGUCAUCCUUAGAGUAUCAUGUGUCUAGGGACUUGGAAGCACCCUACAAUAUUGUUAUGACUAAACUAGAGUUCCCAUGGAAGGAACAUGUUCAUGAGAUCAUGGGCUCUUGUAAUGGCUUGUUGUGUGUGUUUGUUGAUCAUAAUUACCUCUUUCUAUGGAACCCUACCACGAGAGUAUAUAAGCAACUACCACCACCUCCAAGUUGGUUAGAAAAACCUAUAUAUCAUCCAUUGUUUUAUGGGUUUGGGUAUAACAUUUCCAUUGAUGGAUGCUAUAACUAUAAGGUGGUUAUAGGUGGACAUGGCAUCAAAAGUUCCAUAGUUGAGGUAUAUUGCCAAAAAACAAGUUCUUGGAGAAGAAUUCAGGACUUCCCUUGCUUGAAUACAUUACAAGCAAGAGGGACCUUUGUAAAUGGAUUUUUGCAUUGGUUAGGUUUUGUGGGUAGAGGUAACGGUUACAGUAACAAUUAUUGUCACAACAUUGUUUUUCUUGAUCUAGCAAAGGAGGAAUUCGGGGAGGUUCUCGUACCGAAUUUUGAGAAUCCGUACGUCUUACUUGGCCUGGGGGUUUUGAAUGGAAUGCUUUGUGUGAUGUGUUCCCACAGUAGCGGAUGGGAGAUAUGUGCCAUGAAAGAAUAUGGUGUGCCAGAAUCUUGGAUUGCAUUGAUCACCAUACCUUACCGUUUGUGGACAACGGUACAGAUGUCGGCCCCCUUUUAUUGGAUGAAUACUGGUGAACUUGUGAUGCAAAGAGAUGACGAAAUGAUGGUUGUGUAUGAUCCUAGAAAAAAGUCAUUUAAGAAGCUCAUAGACUCCAAAUCGAGGAUUGAAUCAACUACUUAUGUGGAGAGUUUAGAAUCACCAUAA